AUGCUGAGAUGCGCAGAAAGUGACAGGGGUCCUAUCUCUUCUACAACCAUCAACGAUUUAGAAAACGCCAUGAAAGACGACUUUGCAGACGAGGAGGAAGUACAGUCUUUUGGAUACAAGAGGUUCGGGAUCCAAGAGGGCACCCAGUGCACUAAGUGUAAGAAUGAAUGGGCGCUGAAGACCUCCAUAGCGCUGCUCUAUGUGCUGUGUACUCUCCUCAUCAUCGCCGUUGCUGUGCUUGGAUACAAAGUAGUGCAAAGAGUUGACAACGUGUCUGAAGGUAUUGCAAACUAUGGAGGAAAGAUAAUUGCCGUUGAGACCGAUUUGAAAAAGCUUGAUGAUCAAGCCGGGGAGAAGUCGGAGAAUACCACCACAGAGAUCCAGGCUUUCAAGAACAACAUCUGGACUCUCCAGCGGCAGCUGUCUGCGGCGGAGGAACGCAUCCACAGCGAUCAAGUGAAGCUGACUCAGCUGCAGAACAUUGGCUCAGACAUUCAGAACAGCCAGGGCUCCGUUCAGGGACUGCUGGAAAGCAACACAGCCAACUUGCACUCUGUAAAUAGCACCCUGCAGUCUUAUGGCGGCAUGAUUGGGGGUCUGCAGGAAGACACAGCCUGGCUGCAGAGAGAAGUCCAGCAGCAGGUGAAACUUCAGGACCAGGCGCUGCUCAGCAUCAGCAGCCUCAACCUCACCCAGGCCCAGCAGAGAGGCCUCAUCUCCGUUCUGCAGCGCUCAGUGGAUGACACCAGUCAGGCCAUCCAGAAAAUGCGCAAUGACUUUCUGAGCCUCGAGCAGAUGGCCCGGCAGACGCGGUCUGACACUGAAUGGCUUCGCAGUAAGGUGGAAAACCUGCAGGUGAUGGCCAGUAAUACCUCGGCUCUUGCAAAAGCCAACAACGACAGCCUGGAGGAGUUGGGAUCACAGAUGGCUUUUGUGACCAACCAGCUCCAGAACACCAGCAACCUGGCCGAUGCUCACGACCAGAGCCUGAGGGAGAUCUUCGACGAGCAGAGAGACUUCGAUAACCUCACAUCCGCCAAGUUUGACGACCUCGAGGUGCGGCUGGAUGAGUUUGAGCAGAGCAUGGACCGAGUGACCGGCAACAUCAGCUUCACCACGCAGCUCCUGGGUGCCAUCAACAUCAACCUGAACGACUUGCGCACUUGUUCUGAGACCGUCGGCCGUCACUCUGACUUCUUGGUGUACCUCAACAGCAGCGUGAGUGACGUGAGGACAGAUGCAACAAGUCUGAGGUCCCAGCAGGAGGAGCUGGCCGCACGCGUGGACAAGGAGGUCACCAGCCUCUCUAUUGUCAUGGAAGAGAUGAAGCUGGUGGACACCAAGCACACGCAGCUAAUAACCAACUUCACUAUUUUACAGGGUCCCCCUGGUCCAAGAGGACCAAGAGGGGACAAAGGACCUCAGGGACCAUCUGGUCAGCCUGGCCAGAAGGGAGGUAAUGGGGAAAAGGGUGGUCCUGGGUAUCAAGGACCCAAAGGAGCGCAGGGUUCCCCAGGACCACAAGGUGAGCCUGGGUCAAAAGGACAGCAUGGCGUACCUGGCAACCCCGGAUCCAAGGGCUCCCGAGGAUCAGGAGGAAGGGCCGGACCUUCUGGUGGUAAAGGAGAGCCAGGUACUGCCGGUCUGCCUGGAAGAGAUGGACAGUCAGGUCCUCAGGGGGCACAGGGUCCACCGGGUAUCAGAGGCGCAAUGGGGCCGGCUGGCGAGCAGGGGCCAAGGGGACUGCCAGGACCAGUGGGGGCCCCGGGGCCAGAAGGAUCACCGGGACAAGCAGGGAUCACCAUCCAGGCUCCAGUACUUCCGUUGCUCCACCCUGUGUCUCUGCAGGAUGAAGCAGCAUCUCCGACACUUUGGGCCCCAGGAUGCCCUGCAGAGUGGGUCAACUACAAGGACAAGUGCUACUUCUUCUCCAAAGACCUGCACAGUUUUGACGACGCAAAGGCAACCUGUGAAUCCACGUCUGCUUCGUUGUUGAUCAUCAAUGAUAUGGAGGAACUGAAAUGGCUGAAGAAGCAGACCUUUGGAAAGGGCUACUUCUGGAUGGGUCUGACCGACAGGGAGGAGGAGACCGUGUGGCGUUGGCUGGACGGGACCGUACCUGCUUUCACGAAGUGGAAGCCUGGUCAGCCUGACGACUGGGGCCACGGGCACGAGGUGGGAGAAGACUGUGCGGGACUCAUCCAUGAAGGCUUGUGGAAUGAUUUCUUCUGUGAAGAUCUCAUAAGCUACAUCUGUGAGAAGGAUCUGGAGACCUCAGGAUUGCCUGAAUCGUAGCGAGGCCUCGAGAGGGAGCUUGCAGAGAGCAAGUAGACUCCCCCCCCCAUGUGGCACUGGUCCACCCGCACGGC